AUGAAUAGGACGAGGCGGAACAAGACGAGGUAUAACGAAAAGGAAAUGAAUAUGAUGAAGCAGAACGGGAUGGGAAUGAAUGAGACGAAGCAGAAUGAGACGAGAAGAAACAAGACGAGCUAUAACGAAAAGGAAAUGAACAUAAGAAAGCAGAACGGUAUGUUAAUCAAUGGGACGAGGGGGAAGGAGACGAGAAGAAACAAGACGAAACAGAACGGAAAGAAAAUGAAUGGGACAAGGCAAAAUGGGAUGAGAAUGAAUGGGACGAGAAAAAACGGGAUGAGAAUGAAUGGAACGGGGUGGAACGAGACGGGAAGAAACAAGACGAGGUAG